CUGCUCCGCCUCCUCUCUGAGCAGCUUUGAGCCCCGGCAUCGGGGGAAAAAGGAGGCGGUGCAGCGCUUUCUCUUCAAGCAUCUUCACAAGUUGGAGGAGAUCCAAGGAAGACUGUAAAAUGCACUGCAUGCUGUUUGCUCUUUUGAGCUGGAAGAUUGAAUGUUUGUGUGUAAUCCCAGAGGAACAGUCUACCAACCACUGCCACGUUUUCAUCUGUUGAUAAACACAUCAGCUGCUGGUUGGUCUUAAGGGAAGAAGGCUGAAUUAGUUCCAGAUGGAGAACCUUUCAGCUCAUUUAAGACUUUCCAGUUGAUUUAAGUCAGAAGGCAGAGAAAAUGGAAUGGACCACGUGAAGAAACAUGUGGAGUUUAUUUUUUCAAGACAUCAUUUGAGGACCAAGUACACUUUUUCAGGCCACGGGAGAUGAAAGACUGAUGCCAUGAUAUUUUGGUUUCUUUGAAGUGCUGUUCUGUGCUAAGUCAAUGUUGUUUUGUGUUACGGACAGAUAAAACAUUCUGAUUGUCAGCAUGUCAACUGUGGCAAGUGCUCAGACACCAGAGGAAUCUAAUCCUCCCUCCCUGGAAGAAAAGCCAAAGGGAAAAUCACUAUUUCAUUUGGGUUCACUCUUUGCUAACAGGACUGAAAAAUUUGUCAUUGCUCGGAGUGACAGUGUGCCAGAGGAGAAUGUGCUGAAAAUAACUAUCACAGAGACAACAGUCAUUGAGUCAGACCUGGGCAUCUGGAAUUCUCAUGCUCUCAUCUACCUCACUUUGUGGUUUUUCUUCAGCUUUUGCACUCUUUUUCUUAACAAAUACAUUCUUUCAUUACUGGAAGGAGAGCCCAGCAUGCUAGGUGCUGUUCAAAUGCUUUCAACCACUUUCAUUGGCUGUAUAAAAAUGUUUGUUCCAUGCUGCUUGUAUCAGCACAAAACACGCAUCUCUUACCCACCCAAUUUCAUCAUGAUAAUGCUGUUUGUUGGACUAAUGAGGUUUGCAACAGUAGUCUUGGGUCUUGUCAGCUUGAAAAAUGUAGCAGUUUCUUUUGCAGAAACUGUUAAAAGCUCUGCACCUAUUUUUACUGUUAUCAUGUCUCGGAUGAUAUUAGGGGAAUACACUGGAUUGCUGGUUAAUCUCUCUCUAAUCCCUGUUAUGGGUGGACUGGCUCUUUGUACAGCUACUGAAAUCAGUUUCAACAUCCUGGGCUUCUCAGCAGCUUUAUCUACAAACAUCAUGGACUGUCUGCAAAAUGUCUUUUCCAAAAAGCUGCUCAGUGGAGAUAAGUACAGAUUUUCAGCCCCAGAGCUUCAGUUCUACACAAGUGCUGCUGCAGUGGUUAUGCUUAUUCCAGCUUGGAUAUUUUUCAUGGAUGUUCCUGUGAUUGGGAGAAGUGGGAAGAGCUUCAGCUACAACCAAGAUGUUGUUAUACUUCUCUUAAUAGAUGGAGUCUUGUUCCACCUACAAAGUGUUACAGCCUAUGCCUUGAUGGGAAAAAUUUCUCCUGUGACUUUCAGUGUUGCUAGCACUGUGAAGCAUGCACUGUCCAUCUGGCUAAGUAUUAUUGUGUUUGGUAACAAGAUCACCAGCCUCUCAGCCAUUGGGACUGUCCUGGUGACAAUUGGAGUCCUGCUGUACAACAAGGCAAAGCAGCAUCAGCAAGAGGCAAUGCAGAGCCUGGCAGCUGCAGCCCCACAGCCUGCACAGAGCACAGCUGAAGACACUGAGCCACUCAUUUCCAAGGAAUUGGAGCCAUAUGAUUAACAUGGCAGUUGAUUUUCCAGCCUCAUGUCACUCAAAGGAACUCCUCCUGGAUGUGGUGGUUUCAGCACUUGAGGAUUAUUUGGUUCCUUUUGAGUUCAUGACAGAUCAAGGCUGGGACUUGAAGCAGAGAAAACAACAGGAAGAAUCCAGUAAGCCUUGAUUUCCUGAGAAAUUGAUAUUCCAGAGGACUUAGCAAUUUAUACUGUGGUAAAUGUGGGCUUUAUUGUCUUUCCUUGACUGCAAAGAACAUCCAGGCCUGAGAAAAACUUCAGUGUCUUGUGCAAAAUGAUUCCUUCCUCCCACCCCACCAGAAUAAUGUGACAGCACAGCCCCAUCUCUGCACUCUGCUUGCAGGGCAAUGGAGUUGGUGCAUAGCCCAAAUUCCUAGUGGUUUGCCACUGCCUGAAUCCUCCAUCCCCUGUGUCUGGUGUAGAGCUGGAAGAAGGCAGCCCCUCCUCCUCCAACAAAUGACUUAUUUUGCUGUUUGUUUAGUUGAAGGGAACUA